AUGGCAGAUCAAUUGAAGGAUCCGUUGCCGACAUCCGUUGAUGAAUUCGGCGGGGACGAACGGAUAUCCUUCUCCAAGCUCGACAACAAGUACCUAGCCGUUCUUGACGACGGUACUGAGCUCGAAUUUGACCCGGCGACAGCGACAUGGGCGGAGGCCGCUGACGCACCUCUCGAGCCUCUUGAUGAUGACGAAACUGCGGCCCAGCUCGUAGACCUUACCAGAAGUGCUAGCACCGGCGCAACACCAAAUGCCGCCAACUCCAGGAAACGCAAAGAUUCUCCUGGCGGUAUGGACGAGCACGGCAAUAGCAACAACAAUACCAGAAGCGGCUAUGCGGGUGGCGGUGACGGUAAUGGCAGCGGACGGCCCGCAAAGAAGGCAAAGCCCCCGCGCCCGCCGCCGCAGCCGCGCCAGAACACAGCUGUGUAUGUGACGGGUUUGCCCGCCGAUGCGACAGCUGAUGAGGUGCAUGACCUCUUCUCGCGCAAAGCAGGUGUCAUCGCCGAGGAGAUUGACAGCGGCCGCCCUCGAAUUAAGAUGUACACGGACGAGAGCGGUAACUUCAAGGGCGACGCACUCAUCGUCUUCUUCAAACCUCAAAGCGUGGAAAUGGCCAUCAUGCUGCUUGACGACACAGAUUUUCGAUUUGAUGGCCCGGCGGGACAGCCAAAGAUGCGCGUACAGGCGGCAGACUCGAGCUAUAAGAAAACGCAGUACGAGAACAACGGUGCGGCGGCGGAAGGAAACGGGGGAAAUGGCGGUGCGUCGAAUGGGCAACAACAAAAAAGGGAACGCAACGACAAGGAUAGGCAAAAGAUCAUCCGCAAGACACAAAAGAUGGCAGCCAAGCUGGCGGACUGGAGUGACGACGAGCCGUCAACAGUGCCUACCGAGACCAACUCCAAAUGGGACAAGACGGUGAUACUGCGGCAUAUGUUCACGCUCGAGGAGCUGGAAGAGGACCCGGCGGCACUACUGGAGAUCAAGGAGGACAUUCGUGAGGAAUGCGCCAAGCUGGGCAACGUGACGAACGUGGUGCUUUACGAUGAGGAACGAGAUGGUAUUGUGUCCGUCAAAUUCUCCAAGCCCGAGGCGGCACAGGCGUGUAUACAGCUCAUGAACGGACGGAGCUUCGACGGUCGCGUAGUCGAAGCGGCCGUGUCAACGGGCAGAGAAAGGUUCAAGAAGUCGAAGCAGGAUCAGCCGAGCGACAGCGACUAA